AUUCAGUACUUCUUCCGGUCAUGUGAUGCAAGCUUGUCCUGGUCAGAGACUGCACACACCGCCCGCUGUAAAGAAGCGCCAGGCUAGAGUGGACUAGCGUUGGAUCAAAGUCGUCAUGUCGCGUUGAGUGGCCAGCCGCCGGGCGGGUCGGCAGGUAGUCUAGCGAUGUCUGGUUCGCUGCCGCACAGUCGAGGCGAGGCCAAAAGCCAGAGGAGAGUCACUCAGUCACUCGACGCUGACGCUCCUCCUUGUCUCUACACCAACCACUAGAUCGCCAUCAUGACAGCCAUCGACAUGACAGCGUCCUCAGCGUGGUCAUUCACCCUCGCUGCUACCCCAGCACUACUCAGCUAUAUCUUCGUAGCUCGAGUAUCAUGGGGCACGGCUGCUCGCGUAUGGCACCUCCGCCGUAUCGCCUUCAUCUACGACGCUCAGCGACCCUUUGAGGCUACUGAUCAGCAAGAGGCUGAGGAUGUUGAACAGACCAAGAGUACAAUGAAGCAGAAGCUGGCAUUCUGUGCUAUUUUCAUGGCUGCCAUCUUGGGCUACUUCCUAGUUGUAUUCGCGGCAAUUCAGGGGAAACCUUUUGAGGCCCAACCUCUCAACAUCUUGGUCCAGGCCAUACCCUACCUCGGUGCUGCCACCGCGUCGUACUACGCCUCACUCGGCACGUACAAGCUCAGCUACGUCAACUCGAAUCCUUCACGAGCCCUCUGCCGCAAACAGCACAAGGGCAAGGGCGAGGACCUUCUGCAAGUCGUCAAGACAAAUCACGCCGACGAUGGCACAGACACGCCCCCUCCUCGCAUUCGCGUGGCUUCUGCUGUCGUUGCAAGCAUCGUGGGAUUGCUACUAGCCAGCAUCCCUUACGGACCCUUGCUAGACUACACCUUCUUUGCCGUCGGCACUUGGUGUGCCGCUACUACCAGUGGCUUGCAAACGGCCGUCGGCUUUGCCAUGUCCCUAGCCUUGUCGACGAAGCGCCCCUUCCGAGCUCUCGUGGUGCUCGUCUGUGCCAUCUACACGCUCGGACUUUGCAUCUCUGCCGCCCUCAUUUUCUCCGGAGGCGACGACGGUGGCUCAAAGUCACACUCUACCAAGGAAGAUCUCGACCUCUUCGGCGCCCCGGCCUUCAUGCACGUCUCCAGCCUCAUCUUCGCUUUCCACUACUUACAGACGACCGGCCUACUUCUCACACUACUGGCCAUUGGCGCCCGCUUCGACAUCGCUGUCAAGGCAGCGCAGCACGGCCGAAAGACGUACAACAUCAGUCGCGAGAUGGCAACAAGCGUUCUCGAGGAGAGUCGCUCUCUCUGUCGCCCUGUCAAGGGUGCAGACGGCAAGUUUCGCAUUCCCAUCGUCACGACGUCAUAUGCGCAAGCUUGCCCUCAUGGUAAGCCGAUGACGCUAGCCGAUUCGACCACCUUCCGCGCCGGCCUCAUCGUCUCUGCCGUCGUCUUCCUCUUCAGCGUCCCUCUGCACGAGUCCUCUGUCAACGUCAUGACCCCUUCCGACGGCCGUCUCUUGCUCCUGUGGAACGUACCCGCUAUCGCUGCAACCCCCUUCGCGGUGAUCGUUAUGAUGUGGUCGGCGAGGAAGGCGCCUUUGAGCUUGUGGGGCUACGCCGAGGACUGGUCCGCACCCAAGGUUCCCAAGGCGGAUGAGGUCGAUGAGACUGCGGAGGUUGCGAAUUUGCUGGGUGAGGCCGAGGCAGGACAGGGAGAAAAGGAGGGGAUGUGGUUGAGGGAGGACUGGGAUUGCGACGGAGAGUGGAGCGAGAAGUGGUAGACGUGCGAGCGA